AUGGCUGCCCAAGGCGAGUAUAUGCGACAAAGUCGGCGCGUCGAUACGGUCAACUCACGCAUAUAUCGAGCAGUCUUCAGUCCGACCACCUCUCGACGCGAGACGGGUGUCGCAUCCGCAUCAGAGUCAGACUCAUACGACAAGAGAGCGCUACGAGUUUCCUUCGAGGACGCACCUCAGUAUUAUGAAGGUCAGCAUUACGAAGGAGAGCUGUAUCCUCGUCAAGCGAACGAGCAACCUUCUCGCAAACGCACGCAGGAGGACCAGGACAAAGCAGAUGAAGAAGCAAGGAAGAAAGCGAUGAAAGACUUGGUUCAAUCGUGGAUGGACAGGCUGCAGUUGAUCAGCGUGAUCACAACCUUCUUCGCAUCCGUGGAGUCUCAAUUGCUAGGCAACACGACGCCCGACGAUGGGCAAGGCACUCGUACGGACCAAGCCGCCAACGCGGGCUUGAUGGGUGCCCUUGUCAUGCACAGCUUCGCUGCGAUACUAUCUUUCCUAGGCGCCUUCAUCCUCGUGCGCUACAAAGUGAAAGAAGCCAAAAAAGAAGAGAUCAAAGCUGAAGGCGGUGCACCAACCACGACAACUUUCUCUCCCGUCGAUCUCGAAAAGGCCGACGAGUCCAACCCUAAAGUGCCGCAAUCCCAGUCUCCAGCCCUUGCGCAGACGCCCCCGAUUCCCGCAAUAUUCUCCAGGGAUCCAAGGCUAGUGCAAGUGGGGCCCUUCUCGAGGCAACCGCCUAUCAAGCUGCUCGCGCGCGUGCACUCGUUGUGCCUGUGGACGUCCGCGGUAGGGUUCAUCCUCGCGCUCAUGGGCAUUCUGUGUUUCUCGUGGUCCCAGAUGCCGCGGAGUGUCAGUAUAUUCGCGUCCGCGUGUCUGGGCAUAUGUGUGAUCGGCAGCGUCUUUACUAUCGGAUGA